GUCAAGUCAAUCGCCCGGCUUCAGGAAAGAGUGGGUGCUUUUCUCUCCACUCUCCCGAGCCACGGAAGAAGGUUAAAAUGGCCACUCUGCUCCGGAAAAUCGGGCUUAUCCGGCUGCACAACCGGGACACUGAGGACCCCAAACAUCACCACAACCAUCUCCACAGCAGCAGCCAGCACGGCCGCGGCGGCGGCGGUGGCUCCUCGCUGAGGGGCAAAGGCAACCAGAAGAACCACAGUAACAAGCAGCAGCAGAAUGCUCCGGGAGGAGUGGGCGGCUGCAGCGGCGGCAGCGGCGGUGGCGGCAACGAAGGCAGCCCCGGGCACUCCAAGAACAAGCGAGCGCUGGAGCUGGCCAACAAGGACAAGCAGCAGCAGCAGCAGUCCAGCUCUGGGGGACACAAGGAGAAGCAGGCGAGCGCCAGGGAGAACCAGUCCACUAAGGAAUCCAAGCAGCAGCCCGGAGGUGGCGGGGGAGGUGGCCGCAGUGGCGGCGGGAAGGGCUCCUCUCAGGUGGCCCAGAAUCCAGCGGCCGGCAGCCUGGCGCCGAUAGGGCGGGGGCAGCCUGGCACCCAGGUGAGGAGCAGGCGGCUGAUGAAGGAGCUGCAGGACAUCUCCCGGCUGAGCGAUCGCUUCAUCUCGGUGGAGCUGGUGGACGAGAGCCUCUACGACUGGAACGUGAAGCUGCACCAGGUGGAUAAGGACUCGGUGUUGUGGCAGGACAUGAAGGAGACCAACACCGAGUUCAUCCUCCUCAACCUCACCUUCCCUGACAACUUCCCCUUCUCACCGCCCUUCAUGCGUGUGCUCAGUCCCCGGCUAGAGAACGGCUAUGUGCUGGACGGGGGAGCCAUCUGCAUGGAGUUGCUCACCCCCCGGGGCUGGUCCAGCGCCUACACUGUCGAGGCUGUAAUGAGGCAGUUCGCUGCCAGUCUGGUGAAGGGCCAGGGCCGAAUCUGUAGAAAAGCUGGAAAAUCAAAAAAAUCCUUCAGUCGCAAGGAAGCGGAGGCAACGUUUAAGAGUUUGGUGAAGACUCACGAAAAGUAUGGUUGGGUCACCCCUCCGGUCUCUGAUGGCUGAUGUUUGAAACCCUUGCAUUAGACACUUAAAAACAAAACAAAACAAAACACACAAAUACUAUGACAUCUCCUCCUCAGUGCUGUACAUCCACUCAUCCUUUUCUACGUCAGCUUCUGUUAGAUACUGUACCAUGAAUGUCAAGGAGACAUUUAAGUUAUUUAUGAACAGAUGUGUUUACAGAAAGAUAAAGAGGGAGGGAGAGAGUUGGGUAGAAAAACUACUGUUUAGGAUUAUAUUUCAAUAAUAAAUGGUCAUCUUGAAGUCGCUGUAGAGUGAAUGUUGAGACGCUAUCAUUUCCUUUCAUUCUCCCUUCCUUCCAUCGAGUCCACAUUGUCUUCACCUUCUUGCCAUGACAGCUGCACCAAAGAGCAGGGAUGGAAAAAUCUGUCUGUUUCUGCUCAGUCCAUUUCAAUGUAAAUGAAGCUGUUCAUCUUUAAUAGAAAAGCAGUGCAUUGCAGGUACAUGUUUGCUGUGCUGUUUAUCUUCAUUUUGUUUUCUAGCAAAUCAACGUAACUUGAAGAUUUGUCUUUCUGUGAAGCUAUGAUCUGCUGUGACUAAAUUUAGACCUCAUUUGUGAUCUUUAUGACCUUUUGCCUCAUAAGAAAAAAAAAUAAAAAAUCUGACAUUGCCAGGUCCUUGUGGUAUAAGAUCAUCUGUGAGGUGAACUUGCCAUUUGGUCAAAAUGUGCUCUCUAUGCUGAUUUUUGUGGUAUGCUGUUGUUCACAAACCAACCGAGGCCAUUAGAGAGAGAGAGAGAAAAAGACUGAUGAUAACUUAUGAUAAAAACUGUAGCCUCUACUUCAGGAUGGGAUUCAAAGUAAUUAAAUGAUAGUAGAAUAAGAAUAGGGUUUUUUUUUCCUUUUACUGGUAUAAUGCAGUAUUGCUAUGACAGCAGAUUUGUUUGUUUGCCUGUCAGCUUUCAACCGGCAAUCCAUACACGAAAAAGUAUGUCAAUUUACAUUCACAAAACUUAAUAUGAUAUUUUAAAUUAUGUGCCAGUGGAUGUGAAAGUCAGAGCUUCAAAAAAAGUAAAAUAAGUGAAUUGUAAGACGAUUUGCAUGGCUGGAUUUUUUUUAACCGAAUAGUCAUUGUAUGUACUUUGAUCCCAAUAUGUGAGAGAACCCACUGCUGUAUAUAAAUGUCCUGUUAUUUAAUCUUUGGGAUUUCAUUUUUCUCUUCUGUUAAGUUACAUAGAACUUUCUUCAAAAAAAAAAAAAACAACUCCAAGAAAGCAAGAAAUGUUUAUAGUGAUCUGUGCAAAGAGGUUUAAAAUGGUGAUUCCAAAUGGAAAAUAUUAUUGGACGCAUUUUAAAUAAAAUCACCCAUAUCUGUUA